AUGCGUCAUUACGGUAUCGGCUAUCCCGGACAAACUUGGGCCGUGUCUUGGGCCGCCGGCUCGUAUGGUCCUGUUACACGUAAUGCAACUCAAGGUGACCAGGCGAACGAGGUGCAGGUUGCAACGGGUGGCGGGGUUGUUGGCUUCACGUCGGCACUUCGGCACGGCGCGCAGCGCGCGCUGAUCGCCUUGCCCCGCCGAUUGCUAACUGGCCUGGGCCUGGGGCUCGCAGCGUUGUGCCCCUCAAGUGUGGUUUCUUGCUCUUCUGAAGUCAAGUACAACGGAAGCACCAGUGCCCGCGCCAGCACCCGAACCAGCGUCUGCAUCAGCGGCAGCAGCGGCAGCAGCAGCGGCCGCCACACCUGCACCAGCACCUGUGUCGGAACCAGCACCUGCAUCAUCAGCACCAGCCCCUCAGACGAGCACCGCCACUUCAGCAGGUUCCAGUGGAGCAGCCGACGGGGGUUCUUCGACGAGCAGCAGCUCAGCCGCGGCGACAGCUACCAUCACCGUCGUCGGCCCACCUUCCGCUGA